AUGAAGCUCAUCCUCCUCCUCCUCCUCCAUCCUAUGCGUGGCUGGCAUGCUUCUCCCUCCUACGACAAGGGUGCUUUCUCCCUUCACCACCCGCGGGCGUGCUCCACCUGCACCAGCGCCGUUCUUCCCUUCAGCGGCAGUGACGCCCCUGUCCCCCACACCCGCCCGACUCUUUCUCCCUACCCUACCCUCCCUCCCCUUGCAACAAUUGAGAGCGGCAACUACUCCGAAUCGCCAUCCUCCAUAUCACGCUCCUGUUUACGCUCAUGUUCAGCAUCCUCGCCCUCCCCUUCGUCUGAAGGCGGAGGGUGUGACCUUGGAGGUUUGCAACUACGACGUGUGGGAUGUAUGCGUGUCAAGAAAAUGGACUCACCUCCUGCUCCUGCGACCCCUCCGGCAUCCCCAGGCAAAGCAUGCACACCCCCACUAACCGCAUAUUUUGGCUUCUUCAAUACGCCCGUAACGUGGCGCGAACAUAUGCGUCUGAUACUGCUGAACCUGGCCCUGCUGAACCAGGGGACUCGGUUAUUAUCUUCCUCCCGGCUGAUACGCAUACUCCUUGUGCUUGUUGACCCCGAUAAACGUACACGCGCCUACAACCACUCGUACCAUCCUCGCCGUGCGUUCGAGCAGAAGCCGGUGGUAUUGUUGGGCGCGGGGAUCCAUGGUGCGAGUGCCUACAUGAGUGUCCGGUGGAAGUGUGGUAGGCGCCAAACGCGAUCGAUCCAAAGGUGGGUUAGGGUUACAUCACUUCUCAUUUUCUAUCUCAUGAACGCUAACCUUACCGAUUUAUCGCCCGAGCACCAACCUUCAACAGACUGUCCAGGAACGAAUGUCGUAUUCAGGAAGCGGAAGCGCACUGACAGCGGAGAUACUCCUGGCCAUCCUCAAACCGCUCAUUACAAUCCGAGAAAGACCAUGAUAACACUGUGCACCCCCGGAUCUAACAAUAUCCAUGAUUCAACUUCGGUCCUCCCCUACGCACUCGCAUCCAUUGACGCGCCCAGCUCUCCCCACUUCGCGACUUUCGGCACCCGCAUCACCAACCGACAAGAUAUCAACGAUUUGUCAAGAUGUUACGGAGGGACCUUGGGAGGGACCGCGCCAUCCGCAUUGAGGGCCACAGGAAAAAAUGUUCCAAGAGUUUGGUUUGCUCUAGGCCGCACUUCAAGCUUGGGACGAAUUGAAACCGUGCAUGCGAUCUACCAGCGACACUACUUUCCCGAUCUGCAACACGUCCACAGCAUUGAGGAUUCACUUAUGUCCGUCAGGACCUGUUUGUUGGACGGUCGUACUGUUGCAGGCGCAGCCACAGGGAAACGUUCUUCGAAAGCCAGAAAACGGAGGGAUCACUACCCAGUAUUCGUUCUCGUCGCUCUUUAUCAACAGCUAGACCCCGCUCAGCUUCAACUUUCUCGUCAAUCGCUCCACCGUGUUUUCCGAUGGUCCAUGACGCUCUGGAGGGGCCGUCAAUUGCAAUCAGCUCAGACGGCCCGCAUGGACAUUACCAAGCUCGUCAUGUCAGCGUCUCGACAAUCACGUACCUGCCCUCCUUUUCGACACAAAAGAAUGCAACUGCAGAGCGCCUUCGAUCGCGUAAUUGGAAAGUUCUGGUCGUCGGCCCCUGAUCUGCCAACACCUUCCACUCAACGCGGUCCAACCCCUGCUUCUCCCGAACGUGCUCCCAGUCCCAUCCAAAUUUUACGUGUGAAUGGAAAGUUCUGGACGGGAGGAGCGUGCGGAAUGAGCCAUUUAUUUGUGUAUGGCCUGAUCAGAUCUGUUGAGUUUCGGAAGUACGAGGUGGAUAUCCGAACACUCAAUUGA